CUGAAAGUGAUUGUGAAUUGUGAUUUUCCUGUUAACUUAUGCCUGUUUUGUCUUCGAUGUGGUCAUGUUAUUCGUGACCCUGCUAGUGGGGGAGGUUAUAAACGCUAGCACAUGUUGACAUGUAGUGAUAGAGCCGGUUCGUUCAACCCAGCUAGUGGGGGUUAUACACCAGCAAAUCGUGGCCCUGCUAGUGGGGAUUAUACACUGGCCGUGAUCUAUAGAGGAGACGUCUAUAUCGUUCUCGUACUGUAUCCGUUUUGCGUGAUUGCACAUGUUGGCAUGCUAUAAGUUUAAUUAAGGGCAAUCCACAUUUACUUACUGAGUUUAUCUCAUAGUUUUUCCUUGUCCAUCAUUUCAGGAAGUAAAACCGAGGACGGGGAAACCACGGGAAGUGACGAGUUAGAAAGCUAGCCAUUUCGAGAUUGAUAUAGAUUCUAGAAAUCAUGAUCUUGUAAGCUAGAGUGUACUUGGAGAUUUUAUGAUAUUAGAGAUUUUAUAAUUUGAUCUUCAGAUUUUGAUGGUAUCAGAGUGUGAAUAUGAUAAGUUCCGAGCCUUGUACAUUUGUGGGACCCUCUCACGAGUGCACGGCGUCUGUUGCGUCUCGAAAUUGGGUUUUGGGGCGUGACAGUUUACACCAUAAAUUUUAAAAUUUUAAGAUAAAGUCACGUGUAAAAUAUUUUUUAGUGGAUGGAGGAGAUUAGGCUAGGUCAGAUUCGUAAUUCUAUGUCCCAUGACAGAUUAGCUGUCAUUUUAGCAAAAAAAGGGGAGAUAAACUUGAGGUUUUACUGUGUAAUUAUCUUUUGGAGUUAAAAAGGGGCUGUUUAAGCUAAAAUGUAGGAGAGGAUUGUAGUUAAAGAGGGGUUUUAUCUGAUAAAGAAACAGAUGCCGAAAAUCUGCAAGGAGAUAAGACUAAGUCAAUUAGUGAGCUGUCCCAUUAUCUCAAGAAACCACCCAUGAUUGUGUAAUUGCAGAAAGUGGAAGUUACUACCAGCACAAGGAGAACAAAAAGGAAAUUUUGGAAGGGAGAACACACGGCCAACCCUACUCAAACAUCUGCAAAUUUUCAGACUUUUAUUUUCUCUGCAAAAUGCUUCCAGAUUUUGGAUUUCAGCACAAAUUCCAAUAGAUUUAGGCUGUUUUUCAUCAUUCCAUUAGGCAAAUUAGUUUAUGUGCUCAGUUCAACAAUUUCCUUUCAUGCAAUGAACUUCAAUCUUUCAA